CUUUACACACCAGGAACAGGAAGUGAUGGACUGUUAUGAAGAGUGAGUUUUGGAAUACAGUCACGGUUCGGAAGGUGCUUCUUCAAACAUGUAUAUCUUCCAGGUGGCUGCGUUAUUGAUAGCGUUGCUAUAUUAUGGCAAUGCUCAAACGUCGACUGUCGCUGUGAACCACACCAUCCUGGGUUCAGAGCUGAGCGCAGACGGAUUGAAGCAGCUCGCUGCGAUAGUGGCGCCGCAGUCGCCGGUGUUUCACCCUAGCCGCGGUUCCUAUUUUUCUCUCAAUCUGUUGUCGGCGUUUCCAGAAGAUCUGGAGGUCAGCGAUUACUGCGUCGAGCUGCUGGCUAUCUUUGGGCAGCGGUAUUCAACAUAUGUAAAUUGUUUGGUGUCCGCCGCGCGUCCUGUCAAAGUGUGCCAAAAUUGUUAUGGUUCCUACGACAACCUUAUGGACAUUUACACAAACAUAUCAUCAGACCAGAUGGGCCCAGGGAAUGUGAGCUGCAGAGACAGCCUCCUGCGUUCUGAUAGGCUGAUGUUGGUGUUCCUGCUCUACAACAACCUGGAGGACAUCUGGACUGGUUCAGAAUGUAACAGUUGUGUAAGCCUGGGACUCCACAGCCUGACCAAUGACACCCUUUACUUCAUGGCCACUCUCAACCAGUCCCUCAGAUGUUUUGAGAAGUUCCAACAGGGGAACCACUCAGCGCUAUGUAAGGAGUGCAAGGCCACAUACAGAGGACUGAAUGAGCUGUACAGCCGCAUGGAGAAGAAUCGCACACUCUGCAUAGACAUCGAGGACUCUAUGAAUAUGACCCGCAGACUGUGGAGCAAGAAUUUCAAUUGUUCCUUCCCCCGGGCAGAGAAUGUUCCUGUCAUCGCCGUGUCCAGCUUCAUGCUCUUUCUGCCCAUCAUCUUCUACUUGAGCAGUUUCCUUCACUCGGAACAAAAGAAACGCAAGCUCAUACACCCCAAACGAGCCAAGUCUAACACCAGCCUCGUGAACAUCCAGGACAGGUUAAGCUGAGGAGAGAGAAGAAUAAGGAAGAAAGCAUUAUGAUGAAGAAAUGGAAGAGGAUGAGAAGGAAUGUUCCUUUGGUUUGUCCAAAACCUCUCCUGUAUGCAAAUGUCAUUUCCUCUGUGACUGUGGUUUCAACCAGUUCUGUAAUGACAGAGAAGUCAAAAAGAGCUCCCCCUGUGGGCGAGAAGGAUGCCAAUCAUCAGUAUUUUUUUUCCUAAGAUAUUAUAGCAAACGGAAACAGAAUAUUUGUAACAGAAGAUUAGUUAUAAUUGCACUGUUCAUGUCCCGCUUUGAACCGCCUACCCCCACCCCACCCAUUGCUUCUACAACAAACAAUAGAAAUGCACCAUGACCUGCUGCUGAUUUAAAAGCAAUGGGGAGUUAGUCUAUUUUUUGUAUUUAAUUAUGUGUCAAGAGAUGAGAAAUGGAUUUUGUCUCUACUGUAAUGCCGCUGUGACACAGACUGGCAGACAGAAAGCACUUGAUGUCUCUUAGAUGUGACAUAUACCUACCGUGUAAAAGUGGAUGACAGCUGAGGUCCAAAAUUAUUGGUCACAUUUGGGAAAGAUGAGCAAAAAAGACUAUCAAAUAAUACAAAUGUUCUGUAUUGCAUGCAAAAAAAUAUAUAAAUGAUAUUCAUUUACUAAUACAAUUGCUCAGAGAAAAUAAUUGGCACCCCUGUUUUCACUACUCCAUCACCCUUCCCUUAUUUUUAUUUUAUUUCACCUUUAUUUAACCAGGUAGGCUAGUUGAGAACAAGUUCUCAUUUGCAACUGCGACCUGGCCAAGAUAAAGCAUAGCAGUGUGAACAGACAACACAGAGUUACACAUGGAGUAAACAAUUAACAAGUCAAUAACACAGUAGAAAAAAAAUGGGCAGUCUAUAUACAAUGUGUGCAAAAGGCAUGAGGAGGUAGGCGAAUAAUACAAUUUUGCAGAUUAACACUGGGGUGAUAAAUGAUCAGAUGGUCAUGUACAGGUAGAGAUAUUGGUGUGCAAAAGAGCAGAAAAGUAAAUAAAUAAAUAAAAAUAAAAAACAGUAUAAAAACAGUAUGGGAAUGAGGUAGGUGAAAAUGGGUGGGCUAUUUACCAAUAGACUAUGUACAGCUGCAGCGAUCGGUUAGCUGCUCGGAUAGCUGAUGUUUGAAGUUGGUGAGGGAGAUAAAAGUCUCCAACUUCAGCGAUUUUGCAGUUCGUUCCAGUCACAGGCAGCAGAGUACUGGAACGAAAGGCGGCCAAAUGAGGUGUUGGCUUUAGGGAUGAUCAGUGAGAUACACCUGCUGGAGCGUGUGCUACGGAUGGGUGUUGCCAUCGUGACCAGUGAACUGAGAUAUGGCGGAGCUUUACCUAGCAUGGACUUGUAGAUGACCUGGAGCCAGUGGGUCUGGCGACGAAUAUGUAGCGAGGGCCAGCCGACUAGAGCAUACAAGUCGCAGUGGUGGGUGGUAUAAGGUGCUUUGGUGACAAAACGGAUGGCACUAUGAUAGACUGCAUCCAGUUUGCUGAGUAGAGUGUUGGAAGCCAUUUUGUAGAUGACAUCGCCGAAAUCGAGGAUCGGUAGGAUAGUCAGUUUUACUAGGGUAAGCUUGGCGGCGUGAGUGAAGGAGGCUUUGUUGCGGAAUAGAAAGCCGACUCUUGAUUUGAUUUUCGAUUGGAGAUGUUUGAUGUGAGUCUGGAAGGAGAGUUUGCAGUCUAGCCAGACACCUAGGUACUUAUAGAUGUCCACGUAUUCAAUGUGAGCAAAGUGCUCUUUUUCCUGUCAUCCAACAAAUGUAAACGCCUGGAGCUUGCUAAAUGGCAUUUGCACUUGGAUUGGAACUGGUGCUAUGGUCAGAUGACAUGAAAAUCGAGCUCUUUGGCCACUCAUACCAGUGGAAUGUUUUGCAUCAGAAGAAAGAUGCUUCUGCAGAAAAUAAACCCCUCUACUGUAAAAUAUAGUGGAUCUUUGUUAUGGGGCUUCCACUGGUCCUGGGGCCCUGGUUAAGGUCAAUGGUAUCAUGAACUUUACGUAGUACCAGAACAUUUUUGCCAGGAGGCUGAAACUUGGCCACAAAUAGACCUGCUAGCAAGACAAUAUCCCCAAGCACAUAUCAAAAUCCACAAAGAAAUGGUUAAUUGGCCAUAAAAUCGCUCUCUGUACUUGAAAGCCAUUUAAAACCUGUAGUUCGCAUUGAAGAGGACAAAGAUGAAGGAUAUCAGGGAUCUGAAAAGAUUAUGUAUGAAGGAAUGGUCUGAACAAAUCAAUGUUUUUUGGUCACGUACACAGUUUAGCAAAUGUUAUAGCGGGUGCAGCAAAAUGCUUAUGUUACUAGCUCCUAACCAUGCAGUAAAAUGUCAAAUGGGUGGGUCAAUGACGGAUAAGGUUUAAAAAAAGUGUUAAUGCUUAUUAAAGUUAUUUCUACCUUCAUUCGUAUGUGUGUGUAUAUAUAUAUAUAUAUACACACACACACUAUCGAUCAAACGUUUUACGAAGAAGGACAGUGAUGGAAUGCUGCAUCAGAUUACCUGGCCUCCACAAUCCCCUGACCUCAACCAAAUUGAGAUGGUUUCGGUGGAGUCGGACCACAGUGUGAAGGAAAAGCAGCCAACAAGUGCUCAGCAUCUGUGGGAACUCCUUCAAGACUUUGAAAAGCAUUCCAGGUGAAGCUGGUUGAGAGAAUGCCAAGCGUGUGCAAAGCUGUCAUCAAGGCAAAGGGUAGCUAUUUUGAAGAACGAAAUAUAAAAUUAAUUUUGAUUUGUUUAAAAACUUCUUUGGGAUCGGUGUCCUUUCCAUGGGACGGUUGAGCUUACGUAGGCUAAUGUGACUAGAAUUAGGUUGUAAGUAACAAGAAAAUUUCCCAGGACAUAUUGGCAGAAAGAUUAACAAUACUUUAAGCUAACUGCACUGUCCAAUUUACAUGAGCUAUUACAGUGAAGGAAUACCAUGCUAUUGUUUGAGAAGAGUGCGCAAUUUUGAACAUAAGUUAUUAAUAAACAAAUUAGGCACAUUUGGGCAGUCUUCAUACAAUUUUUUUAACAGAAAUGCAAUGGUUCAUAUGAUAAGUCUAAAACUUUACAUAUACACUGAUGCCAUCUAGUGGCCAAAAUCUAAAUUGCACCUGGGCUAGAGUAAUACAUGCCCUUUCUCUUAAGAUGAUGGUUAAAAAAUUAAAACAGUUAUUUUUCUUUGUAUUAUCUUUUACCAGUUCUAUUGUGUUGUAUUCUACUACAUCCCUUUCACAUUUCCAUAAACUUCAAGGUGUUUCCUUUCAAAUGGUACCAAGAAUGUUAUUUUAGGCGAGAGUGUAAAAAAGGGGCUAAUCCUUAAGAGGUUUAACACUUUUUUGGUUACUACAUGAUUCCAUAUGUGUUAUUCCAUAGUUUUGAUGUUUUCACAAUUAUUCUACAAUGUAGAAAAUAGUAAAAAUAAAGAAAAACCUUUGAAUGA